GUGGAUGGUGUCGUGCCAUUGAAAACCGGUGUCAAGGUAGUGACCGGGACGGGCGGAAUGGCAGUACCUGGGGUAAUCGUACCCUCACUGUUCAGAAUGUUAAACAAUUCCUCGUACUUUGGAUGUGACAAUUUCGUGAAGCAUUCCUCCCAUGGCGAAUGGGCGCGAGCGCAAACAAACAAGAAACGCGAAAAGGAAUGUUUUUUUCUCGUUAUACUUGACCUAAGGAUCGUAAUGUUUUAAUGAGUGAGAUCACGCAAUAAAUGAGGGUAUGGCGAAAUGUGU